UUAUACACUCCCAGCCAGGCGGGUGUUCACAUUCUCGCUCGGACUAUACUAUUCUACGAGGGUUUAGGGUACGGGAAUCUUCGCCGGCCGCACAUCGACUCGGAUCGAAGCUCACAAACAUCAGAUUCUCCUCCGAGGCUAUCAGGAUACAGUGAUGUCUCGAGUUUACGUUGGGAAUCUGGAUCCGCGUGUCACUGAAAGAGAACUGGAAGAUGAAUUCCGUACCUACGGAGUUCUUAGGAGUGUAUGGGUUGCAAGGAAGCCACCUGGUUAUGCUUUUAUUGAGUUUGAGGAUCGUAGGGAUGCACUUGAUGCAACACGUGCUUUAAACGGGAAGAAUGAAUGGCGUGUGGAGCUCUCUCACAAUUCUAGGGGAGGAGGGGAAAGAGGAGGGGAAAGAGGAAGAGGAGGGGGAGGAUUCCGAGGAGGGCGUGGUGGUGGUGGUGAUGCCUUGAAGUGUUAUGAGUGUGGUGAAUCUGGGCAUUUUGCACGCGAGUGUAGGCUGCGUAUUGGUUCUCGAGGUGCUGGUAGUGGGCGCCGUCGAAGUCCCAGUCCUAGACGCAGAAGGAGUCCACCAAGUUAUGAGAAUAGUCCUCGUGGAAGGAAAUCUCCGGAGCGACGCAGCCUAUCUCCUCAUCGUGGAAGGAAAUCUCCUGAGCGCCGAAGUGCAUCACCUCAUCGUGUAAGGAAAUCUCCUGAGCGCCGCAUUGUAUCACCUCAUCGUAUAAGGAAAUCUCCCGAGCGCCGCAUUGUAUCACCUCAUCGUAUAAGGAAAUCUCCUGAGCGCCGCAGUGUAUCACCUCAUCGUGCAAGGAGUCGCUCUAGAUCACCUCCACAUCGUCGUACUCGUCGCGAGUCACCCGACGCUAAUGGUAGGUCAUCUCCAUAUCGUCGCCCACGCCGAGUUUCACCAUUUGCUAAUGGCUGUUUAAUCAUGAGAAAAACCUCCUGCAUGAGCACUUGAACUUUUUACUAUUCUUGUCCAAAAAAUUCCGGCUUCUAGACUAGGGUGUUUUUCAAGCUGUUCUUAAUGCGAGAGAUUGAUGACGGUGGAGGCAGAUAUGAAGCGAUUUGGGGGAGAGGAGGAAGUGGAGGACUGAUGGAUCUGAAUUAGUAGGUUCUUCGUACUAGGAUAUUAGCAGAUUGAUGUAGUUAAGCUUGAAUACUUUGAGUCCGCCUAUCUGGAUAACUGCUUUGUGUCAAACCCGUCUUUCGGUGGCUUCUUCUUGAUUGUGUAAUGGUUGCUGCCUGCUUUGGCAUGACUUCAUUUUGAAUCAUCGGCAUCUCUGUGCUUCUUUCUGCAGCACACAGGUUUUCUCGCACUUCUGAAUCGCGAUAUAUGUUGUGGAUUUGCAAUAUAAACUGCUGUCUUGAUAGUCAGUCAAUGCACUUGUUCUCUUGAUGUUUUAUAAGUAAUUAUGUGUUUUUUUAUAUAUUUUAUUUUUAAUGUUU